AUGGCGUCAACGAGCGACAACUCCGACACCCUGGCCCCGGACCUUCAGAUCCUCGGAGAUGAAAUCAUUCUCCAGCCCAGCGGUUUUGUCGAGUCGAGGGAGCGCAGUGGCGAGAAGGAACAUGCACUUAUGAAGAACACUGUUCGCUUUCGAUCCGAGCCAUUGCAAUUCCUCCGCGAAGUCUCCCUCUACGUCUCCGGCACAGGAUGGCGCGCAUACGACAACAUAAUUGGCCAGCCCGUCUUCUACCCCGGCUUCUCCGAGCAGAUGAAGGGCCAGAUCCUCUCCGCCCCCCUCCUCCAGUCGCGCAUCGCCGAGCUCGCCGAGAAACGGAUAGCGGUCGAAGAGAAGGAAGGUCUUUUGGAUAAGCAGGAUCCGAACUAUGCCAUCAAGCGCUCCCAGCGUCGGUCCGCUCUCGAGGCGGGUCUUCAGCAGGUGGCCGAGAAGCUCACAGACAACAUGAUUUGCAAGUUCGAGAGCAAGGCGUUUAUCAGAGGGGCGUACUACCUCGUCACGCAGUUGACGCUCCGUGCAUAUCACCAAGGCAUCCACGUGUCCAGCGAGGAGGUCGUGCGGCUGAGGAAGGUGGCCGAGAUUGCCGAGAGGAAGAAGCAGAGCAUCAUCUUUUUGCCUUGCCACAGGUCGCAUGUCGACUACGUCUCGCUCCAAGUCAUUUGCUACAGGUUAGGCCUGUCGCUACCGAACGUUGUCGCAGGCGAUAACCUCAACUUCCCCAUUGUGGGGCAAUUCCUGCAGAAUGCCGGGGCUUUUUGGAUUCGGCGGUCUUUUGGAGACGAUAUGCUUUAUACCACUCUAGUUCAGACUUAUAUCGAUACGCUGCUGCAGGGCGGCUACAAUUUCGAAUGCUUCAUCGAAGGCGGCCGGUCUCGGACUGGCAAACUCCUUCCGCCCAAGUUCGGUAUCUUGAGUUUUAUCCUGGACAGUCUUCUAUCCGGACGAGUUGAGGAUGCGAUCAUCUGCCCGGUCAGCACGCAGUACGACAAGGUCAUUGAGACCGAGGGUUACGUGACCGAGCUCCUCGGUGUUCCCAAGAAGAAGGAGAACCUGGCCGAUUUCCUCACGGGGGGCUCCUCUGUCCUCUCGCUCCGGCUAGGGAGGGUAGACGUGCGCUUCCACGAGCCCUGGAGUCUACGCACAUUCAUCAACGACCAACUCACCAAGUUGACACCGUCUCCUUCCAGCUUCCAACUCAACAUGAAAGACCCGCAGGUCGUCGCAGUGCGGCAUAAGCUGCUUCGGACCUUAGGCUACCGAGUUCUGUCCGACAUUAACGACGUCUCAGUCGUCAUGCCCACGGCGCUGAUCGGCACCGUGCUCCUGACGCUUCGAGGUCGAGGUGUCGGAAAGGCCGAGCUAGUUCGCCGCGUCGAGUGGCUAACAUGCCGAGUGCGAGCCAAGGGCGGCCGAGUAGCGCAUUUCGGCAACGCGCCGCUGUCGGAAAUCAUCGAACGCGGUCUUGACGUCCUCGGCAAGGACCUCGUCGGCGUCGUCGAAGGAUUGCCCGAACCCACUUACUACGCCGUCGAUCGCUUCCAGCUCUCGUUUUACCGCAACAUGACGAUCCACCUCUUCGUCUCCGAAGCCCUCGUCAGCGCGGCCAUGUACACGCGCAUAAAACUCGGCGGCGGCCCCGCGAACCAAGACAUUUCCUACCAGGACCUCCUCGAUCAGGUGCUCUUCCUGUCGUCCCUCUUCCGCGGCGAGUUUAUCUUCUCGGGCGAGGGCUUGGUUGUCAAUCUCGAGAAGACGCUGCGGGGACUCGAGGCUGAUAACGUUAUUUACCUCGAGCGAGACCCGGCGACUGGUAAGAUUGUCAAGGCGGGGCUUUCGGAUGAAGAGCGGCGUGCUGGGAGGGAGAAUUACGAUUUUUACUGUUUCCUUAUAUGGCCGUUCAUUGAGGCUAGCUGGCUUGCUGCUGUGUCGCUGAUGGGUUUGUCGCCUCCCGUCGGCGAGAAGGAGGAUGUCUGGGUCGAGGUAGCGAAGGCCCAGAACAGCGCCCAAUUGCUCGGCAAGACGCUCUACCACCAAGGCGACCUCAGCUACUUCGAAGCCGUCAACAAAGAAACCCUCAAAAACUCCUUCCAGCGCUUCGAAGAAGAAGGCAUCCUCCAAGUCGUCCCGUCCAAGAUCCCCAAAGUUCCCCCUCGCCUCCGCCUCGCGCCCGAAUGGCGUCCGCCCCGCGACUCCUCCGACGGAUCCCUCCUCGCGUCGGGCCGGCUCUGGGAUUUCACGGAGAAGAUCGCGUCGUCGCGGCGCGAAGGGAAGAAUAGGCGCGACGGGGCGACGGUGAGCACGCGGGUUCUGCAUUUGACGGAUGGGUUGGGGAGGAAGCUCAUGGAGGAAGCGAAGGAGGAUAAGGGGAAUGUGCCGCACCGGUUGAGUAGGGAGGAUGCGGAGACGUUGAGGAGGAAGGUGAGGGAGGGGAGUGGGAGGAAGAAGUUGGCGGGGAGGGCGCAUUUGUAG